GCAUCAUCUGACAGCUGCUCAGACAGGAGUUGUGUUGCAGAAACAGGACCGUUUUUAAUGGACCGUAUUUCCCUCCGGAGGAUAUUUUACCGACUCAGGUGAGAGUACCGGACCCGAAGCAGACGCAGCAUCGCCCCGGUCCGGCCAUGGACGAGCAGGCGGGCCCCUUCUUCAAUAACAACAACAACAACUCGGGCUUUCCUGGGAAUAUUAAAGCUCCGCAGACUGUGGACACAGGGGGCGGAGAAGCGGCCAGAUCUCAGUACAACAUCCCGGGGAUCUUACACUUCCUCCAGCAUGAGUGGGCCCGCUACGAGGUGGACAGGGCGCACUGGGACGUGGAGAGGGCCGAGCUGCAGGCGCAGAUCGCCUUCCUGCAGGGCGAGCGGAGAGGCCAGGAGAACCUGAAGAAAGACCUGGUGAGACGGAUCAAGAUGCUGGAGUACGCCCUCAAACAGGAGAGGGCAAAGUACCAUAAGCUGAAGUACGGGACGGAGCUGAACCAGGGAGAAAUCAUACCUCCGAGCUAUGACUCAGAUGAGGGGAACGACAGUGAGGCUCCCAGUCCUCCAAACAGCAGCCAUCAGCUCAGCUGGAAACAAGGACGCCAGCUGCUCAGACAAUACCUGCAGGAGGUCGGCUACACGGACACCAUCCUGGAUGUGAAGUCUCAGAGAGUGAGAUCGCUGCUCGGUCUGACCGGAGACUCAGGAGACAACCCUUCAGAGAACAAAGCCGAACACAUGGUCAACGGCACCGAGCCGUCCUCCAUGAAGGACAGCGGCAUGGUCAGUAAACCUGACAUGUCGGACUCGGCCACGGUGUUGGAGGCCUUUAAAUUCAUCGAGAGCGCUGCAGCAGAAUUCAGCGACGAUGAUGAUGAGGAAGACAGCGAAGGGAGGGACAAGACCAUCUUAAACAUGGCCACAAUGGUGAGGAAGAAGCAUUCGUCUACGCCUUCCUCCACGACCUCUGACCUCAGCGACGACCCCGACACGGAGGAGGCUCUGAAGGGCUUCGAUUUCUUGGCGAGUCCCGACGAGUUGGACGGAUCGACUGAGUCCAGGAGCGGAGAGGACAGUGGAGAGUGGGAGAAGGAUGACCCCUCCUCUCCGGGGGAUCUGGCCUGGGACGUGGACCAGGGUCUGAUCGCUCAGCUGAAGGAGCAGUACAGGAAGGAGCGCAAGGGCAAGAAGGGCAUAAAGAGACCGAACCGCUCUAAGCUUCAGGACAUGUUGGCUAACCUUCGGGACGCGGAGGACCAUCCCUCCAUGCAGCCGCCCGUCACCCCCCCCUCCCGCCCCACUGUUCCCAGACUCAACGAACAGGAAGUGGGACGCUCUGAAGAUGAAGCGAUGACUUUCCUGCCGUCUCCUGGGAAGUCCUUCAUAAUGGGCCGAGUGGACGAGGCGGUCUCCAACGAGCUGGGACUGGGAGAACUGGCCGGACUGACGGUCGCCAACGAGGCCGACAGCCUGGCGUAUGACAUCACCAACAACAAAGACGCUCUGAGGAAGACGUGGAACCCGAAGUUCACCCUGAGGAGUCACUUCGACUCCGUGCGAGGUCUGGCUUUCCACCCCGUGGAGCCGGUGCUCGUCACGGCCUCCGAGGACCACACGCUCAAACUGUGGAACCUGCAGAAGACGGCGCCCGCCAAGAAAUGUACUGCUUUAGACGUGGAGCCUAUCUACACAUUCAGAGCUCACAGCGGUGCGGUGUUGUGCGUCACGAUGAGCUCCAGUGGAGAGCAGUGCUUCAGUGGGGGGGUGGACGGUACCAUCCAGAGCUGGAACACCCCCAGCCCCAACAUCGACCCCUACGACUCAUAUGAGCCGUCUGUCCUGCGGGGAGCGCUGCUCGGUCACUCAGACUCAGUUUGGGGUCUGGUCUACAGCUCGGCCCACCAGCGCCUCCUCUCCUGCUCGGCUGAUGGUACGGUCCGGCUGUGGAACGCCGCCAGCAUCUCGCCGCCUCUCGCUGUCUACAACGAGAGAGGAGAGCUGGGAGUGCCCACCUCGGUGGAUCUGGUGAGCAGCGACUCGGCUCACAUGGUGACGUCCUUCAGCACCGGACACAUCGGACUCUUCAACAUGGAGACGCAGCAGCUGGUCCUGCAGCUGGACUCUGCCGGACCUCCAGAGGCUCCCUGCAAGAUCAACAAAGUGCUGAGUCAUCCCACGCUGCCAAUCACCAUCACAGCUCAGGAGGACCGGCACAUCCAGUUCUUCGAUAACAAUACAGGUAAACUGAUCCACUCGAUGGUGGCUCACCUGGACUCCGUCACGUGUCUCGCUGUGGAUCCAAACGGACUGUACCUCAUGUCAGGAAGUCACGACUGCUCCAUCCGCCUGUGGAACAUGGAGAGUAAGACGUGUAUCCAGGAGUUCACGGCGCACAGAAAGAAGUCGGAGGAGUCGAUCCACGACGUGGCGUUUCACCCGACAAAAUGUUACAUCGGCAGCGCCGGAGCCGACGCGCUCGCUAAAGUCUUCGUAUGACCGGAGACACGGAGGAAAUGAGAAAGAGGAGACACGGAGGAAAUGAGAAAGAGGAGACACGGAGGAAAUGAGAAAGAGGAGACACGGAGGAAAUGAGAGAGAGGAGACACGGAGGAAAUGAGAGAGAGGAGACACGGAGGAAAUGAGAGAGGAGAACGUCUCCACCUCUGAAAGCUGAAGGAGACAGUUUACCUGGACUGCUCCUUCUAAGAUUUGUCAAAUAUUCCCCCCUCCCCUCUUCCCCUGUUGGGACUUAGGCUGGCCCGGGUCCCGAAAACAAACAAACCUCUGGAGGAGACGAUGAAUGAAAACAGGAAGUGGCAAAAGAAAUAAUAAAAACAGGAACUCUCAGAAGUUUUCAGUAAAGCUGGAAUCUCUUUUCUUUUCUCUCCACCGUCACUGACCCCAGAACAGCCUGUGUCUGUUGGUGUUGCUUAGAAAUAUGAUAAUGUGCCUUUUUACUUCACAAUAUGAAUCAUUUAAGGUGUUGAGGAAAAUGUAUUUCGUGCAUCAGAAGAUCCACUUUUAUCUCUCAAAAAUAGACAAAAGUAACAACCCACUUUUUCGAAUAUUCAGUCAGAUCUGAAUGCUUCUUUUGAACACUAAAUUCUUUCGUUUAUGAUAAAAACGCCUCUCGAUGACCUCCCACUCUGCAUAGAACUCGUGGACUUUUGCUUUCAAUCGAAUUUGGUCUGCUUUCUCCUGUUUUAAGUUGUUGCUUGCAGCCUGAAGAAGACUUUUAGUCAGACCCAUACAGGUUUCAUCCAGUUAACGCUUACACUAGGAGGUAAGAGGUCAAAAGUCAUGACCCCUGUUCUGUUUGGAGAUGGUAGUGCUGGGUGGACACUCUGAAGGCAGGUCACAUGACAAACAUCUGGUGGGUUUCAUUUCAAAAUGUGAGGGUUUUCAACACAUUAGUGAUCCCAUUAUUAGACUACAGAGGAAGUUAUGGCGCAUUUCCACUACAGCGCGGUUUAAGCGUGCCGUGCCCGGUCCGUUUUUGGUUGCGUUUCCACUAGACGUAGUUCCGGC